GACGCUUGGAUGUCAGCGGCGCCAGUUAGUGCCUAGGCGUCUAGCCUUCGUCCCUACCGGGAAGGUGAGGGACCGCACGGACCACGGGCAGAGGAUGUCAAUGGAUAUUAUAAAGGGAAACUUAGAUGGAAUUUCAAAACCAGCCUCAAGUUCACGAUCACGUCCUGGCAGCAGAAGUUGCAAUGCUUCUCUGGAGGUGCUCUCGCCAGAGCCAGGGGCCUUCAAGAUUGACAUGGUCAACAAGUUGAAUUCUAAUAAGGAGGGCCACUCAUCCAGCAGUAGUGUGGAAGGGAGAAGAAAUAGUCACGACUGUGAGUGGGCAGACGACUCUGAGCGCACAGGCCCAACCAGAGAGGGCUCAGAUGAAGACCUGGACUUGGCUCAACCGAUGGUCUCCGAGCCUUCAGGUGAUCCCAAGCUGGAAGAGCCAGCUGCUCAGCUCCUAAACGCUAUUCGUAAGAUGCACAGACUCGAUAAGAUACUGGCCAAAAGACAAAGCAGAGAGAAGGAAGUUAAAAAGCAAGGUGCAGAAAUGAGGAUUAAGCUGUGGGAAGAACUCAAGAUGAGAACUUCUGCAAAAAGUACUGAAGACUUGGAAAAUGACGAGGAGUUGGAAAACACGAAAACGUUUUUGUGUUUGACUUCGGAAUCUGUAGGAACAGCUGCAGCAGACCCUUCACACUGUGAGUUUGAAGACAACUUUUUCUCAGUGUUUCAUACUCAGAUUUCUCCAGAAAAUUAUGAAAAUUGCAUGCAGAAUAUGAAGACGGAUUUUACCUGUGAUGUGCCAUUGGUCAAAGCAGAAAAGAAACUCUUUCCAAGUACAGAAAAGAUUGAGCUUAGGAGUAAACUCAGCCAAGACUUUAUUAAGCGAAACAUUGAGUUGGCCAAGAGCCCCAGAAGCCCGGUGGUUAUGAUCGACAGAGAGAAGAAAAGGCUGGACGAGCUCCUCAAAGGCCUAGACGACACAGACUCGGGCCUGUCCAGUUUUGAGGGUGACCAGUGUGGUUGGCUGGUCCCGGGAGAAGGCUACACCCUUGCAGCCACCGAGUCUCAGAAGCUCGCUCAGAUUGACACGAAACUUCGGGAAUUCUCUGUGCUCUCACCAGCGGUCUUCAGUCUUUCUCCAAGACUCGAGAGUCAGAGCAAUAAGGUAUGUUAUGAACCUGACCUGGAUGAAGAAGGAAAUAUGGAGCCAGCUCCAGGAGAAAAGAUACUCCGGGACAACAAAGAGCAAAGGGACCAGCGGUCUCGACUGAGAGCCAUUGAUGGGAAGCUGAGAGAGAUCAAUGAACAGGUUGAGGAAUGCCCAAUGAUAAGCCACAGUAAAUGGAAUCUGCGGAUUACGUGGAGAUGGCUACUUGCUAAAAUCCUUGAAUCAGAGUGA